AUGGAGAGUGAAUUGGGAACGACAGCUGAGGUUCCCGUUUUGGAGGAGGAUGCAAACUCUGCUGCUUCUUCUUCGCAGGAUCCUGGGAGGGAUGAUGGAUUGCACGAUAGUGCGCAGGAGGAUGUGUCUGUGAUGGACGAUGAUACUUCCGGCGAAGAUGACGAAGAAGAGGACGAUGAUGAUGAUGAUGAUGAGCGGGAUGACCACGUUUCGAAGAAAAUGAAAGUGGGUUUGUCCAAAGUGGGGAGCCCUUCUGGAUCCUCAAACAAUGACGAUAACAACAACGACGAGGACAAAAAGAACAAUAAAAAUAAUAAUGACGGUGCAGUAGCGGCGAUGGAGACUGCUGUUGGAGAUGUUCCAUCUGCGACGGCGUCGCCGACUCCCUCAGUAGUAAUGAACGGUGCCGCGGACGAGAAACAGGAGAAGGACUCUAAGUCAGCCGCGGGGAAGAAAGUGCCCCUGCACCUUCUUGAGAAGAGAAGACUGGGCAGGAUUAAAGCUGCAGAAGAGUUUGCCAAGAAACUGAAACAGAUCGGGAUUGAGAAAGUCGACUCCACAACGCUCCCAAGUACGGGUGGGCUCAAACCGUUGAUCGUUAUCAAUCAGAAAAACUACUCUUCGGACUACAUACGGAAGGACGAUCAGAUAUUUGCUUUGAGAGAGAGGAAGUUUCUGAGAAGCGCGGGUACAUCCAACACCACUACUACUACCACUAAUAAUGGUAGCAACACUAACGGUGUUGGUUCCGCGAGUCAUACCCCGGAGGUUGCAACGAGCACAAUUCCAAACGAGUUUACUCUGAAAAGUGACGAUAUCGACUUUACAGACGCGACAACAACCAUUGUCAUUCAGCCUGGGUCCGAGUCCAUCAAGAUAGGGUUUGCGACAGACGAGACCCCGCUCGUGAUACCGAACUGCGUGGCCGUACCGCACUCGGGGGAGACACCAAUAGGCAACGCGGCAAAUCUGACUCGCGACCAACCGGACCAGUUUCUGCAAUUCAAGGAGGAACUACAGACGAGCUUCAAGGAGAGAAUGAGACAUUACAAGAGGAGAGUGCAACUAAGCAGCUACGACCAAGUAAAUACUUUCAAUGAAACGACAAAGCCAGAGAUUAUAGAGGACCAAAACGAUCCCGCAAAGAUAGCAUGGAGAGGUCAACCGGACCCACAGGAGGGGAAAACCAUCUACGUCGGGGACGAGGCUUUGCUCUGUUUGAGGGAGCACUACAUGCAUAGGAGACCAUUUGGCUGCUCUGAGGGGAAAUACCUGUUCAACCUUGACGAAAAACGGUACACAAGUCUCGCCGCCUUGCUGUGCGACGUGUCGCGGUUACUGGAACACGCAAUUGAUAAACUCUUGAAGAAGAGAGACAAGGACACAGAAAAAGACAUUAAGUACAAAGCCGUGCUCGUCAUCCCGGACUUGUUUGAAAAAAGCCACGUAGAGACGAUGAUUAGAUUGCUGCUUUCAGAAUUACCUUUCAAUGCCGUAGCUAUCGUUCAAGAAUCAUUGGCCACUUGCUACGGGUCCGGUAUCAGUACUUCCACUUGUGUCGUAAAUGUUGGCGCCACUGGUACCAAAGUUGCAUGUGUUGACGAAGGUAUCGUGGUGGAAAACAGCAUCAUUAAUUUAAACUACGGUGGUGACGAUAUCUCUAAACUGUUUGCAGUACUGUUACUAAUGAGCAAUUUCCCAUACCAGGAAUGGGAUAUCGACUCAAUUCCAGGACGGAUGAUUGCUGAACAUUUGAAGAAGGAAUGCCUCACGUUUCAGGACGCAGAUAUCACCACGCAACUGUUCAACUUUAUAAAAAGAGUCCCGGGACUUCCCACGGAAAAAAUCGAGUUUAAAACAUUUGAUGAGGUGAUUCUAGCCCCACUGGCUCUGUUCUACCCAAAGAUCUUUAGUCUCUUGAAGCCAAACAAGGGAAAGAACCUAACUAACCCAAAGCUGAAGUACCAGCUCCCGGAUUCCAGAGAUUUAUUCACAAAUAAAGCGAACAACUGGAAAUCGUUGUCCGAAAUGGACUGUGCCACCAAUACCCUGUACUCCGAUAUGGUACAGGAGAGCGUGCUACUUGAUAACUUGCUCGGUAUAAAUUCGAGAAGGGAAGGCCCGCCCAAGGACAGCGGCGUUGGUUCGGAAACCACCGAACUCAACCUGACCGCACUGGAUAAAUCUGUCAUACAAAGCAUUACAAAUGCAACCCUUUCUCUAGAACCAGGUAAAAUGGCAUCCUUCUACUCGAAUAUACUAAUCGUUGGGGGAUCGUCGAACAUACCAGGGUUUGACACUAUUUUAAAGGACAGAAUCAAUAUGUGGAGACCAAAGCUUAUAGCGCUGGCGUCGUUCCCAAAUUUUUACAACGAGCUGGUAAAGGAGAUUAAGGACCUUGAGACCAGCGCUAAGACUUCGUCCGCGGCGAUAGUCACCGGAGGUACUGCAACUGCUACCCCAGCGCCCGUUCUGAACGAUGACGAUGCUCCCAAAGAAGUCCCCGAGGUCAAAGAAACUUCCUCGGAUGCGAAGGAGUAUGAGUUAAAUGAGAAGAUUCAGAAAUUGAUUGAGGAGAGGCUCGAGAAGUACCUGAGCGCUAUCGAAAGACAAAAUGGUAACGAACAUUUCAUGCCUGUCUCGGUAACACCGGCACCACACAACAUGAACCCGUCAUUGCUACCUUGGAGGGGUGCUGGUGUCUUGGCACAGAUCAAGUUGAUAGAGGAGCUGUUUGUCACCAACAUAGACUGGGAUGUCCAUGGGAGCAGGGUACUGCAGCACAAGUGUAUAUUCACCUACUGA